CGGUUAUCUGUUGAACAAUAAUAAUGAUGAUCUCGUAUAAAAUGUCAGUAUUCAAUAUCAAUAAAAAACUUUUUAUAGCGAAAUUACUUGCAGUUUGUUGUUAUCAUUGCUGGUAGGUAUUUCAACAUAUUAAUAUGCUGUGGCAUUAAUAAUAGAAAAAGGUGUUACUGACGAUUAUAUAACUUUAUAUAUUGUUCAUGAUUUAAAUUUAUAUGCACGUGGUUUUUGUUCAUCAAUAAAAUUGUAUUCGUUGUAUUACAUAUAUUUUUGAUUUUAUUAUCAAUGUCUGACGUAAAAGAAGUUCAAGAGCGAAAAUCAGCACAAAAAUAUGGUCCAAAGGCGACGUUGGCACAAUGUUUGGCGACAAUAGCACAAAGUUUUCUAUUUAUCGGAUUUGGCAUGAACUUAUCAAUAUCUGCAAUAGUCAUUCGCGACUUGUAUCGAAACCCAAACAGUGAAUUCUCGAUAACGAUCACCGAAGCUUCAUGGUACGGGAGCUUGUUGUUUAUAAUCUACCCGGUCGGAUGUUUACUAUCUGGAAUUCUGCAAGAUAAAUUCGGAAAAAAAUGCUGUAUGAUACUUGCAAACAUUCCCAGUAUUAUCGGAUGGGUCUUUCUAUAUUUCGCACAAUCAUCGGUAUUACUGUGCGCAUCGACACUUCUGAUGGGAUUGAGCACGGGAUUCGGGGCCGGAUCUACCUCAUCGUACGUCGGUGAGAUAUCGGAACCUAGGCUCAGAGGAUCUUUGGGUUCAUUGGGAAGCAUGGCGACGAGAAUAGGCACGUUACUUAUGUACAUCUUGGGAUUGUUUUUUGACUGGAAGACCACGGCGCUGAUCAGCAUGUUUUGCCCCAUUAUAUGCACCUGCUUUGUCAUUUUCAUCCCGGAGUCUCCCAUUUGGUUAAUCGCUAAAGGGCGAAACGAAAAAGCUGAAGAAGCCAUGUGUUGGUUAAGGGGGUGGGUAGAACCUGAAAAAAUUAAACCAGAAUUUCUCGAACUGGUUCAUUACAAUGAAGUAUCUGGAACACAGGGUGGUUGCAAAAUUGAUACAGACGAUAAGAAUUUAUUUUCAAAUUUAGCCCAGUUCAAAAAUCCAGCGGUUUAUAGACCACUUAGAUUGAUAUUGAUUUUUUUCUUUGUAUCUUUCGCAGUCAGCAUUUACCCUACCAGACCGUUCAUCACCAAAAUAAUGAAAGAAAUCGGUUUAUACGAUAACCAAAAUGAAUCGUUGGUUCUACUGUCAGGCUUGACGAGCAUUGGGUCCAUUAUAGCAACUGCCACUGUUCAUCGAGCUGGAAAAAGAUUAUUGACCCUAUUGACAUUAACAAUAAACACUGUUUUAUUAUUUUCGCUUGGUGUAUAUAUUAUUGCAGUCAAAGCCGAAUAUCUAAUAUCGUCUCCUUUGAUUUCAUUAACAUUUCUGUGCAGCAUUUAUUUUUUCGGCUCAUGCGGUGUUUCGUGCAUGCCUUGGAUGAUACUUAUUGAAGUGUUUCCGAACAAAAGCCGAGGAGUUGCUACAUCUGUUUCCUCGGGAUUGGCCUAUAUAAUAUUAUUUACAUUAACAAAGACAUACUUAAUAAUUGAAAUGUAUUUAAGUCUGGAGUACACUAUGAUUCUCUUUGGCUGUGUUGGUGUUUUUGGGUUAAUCUAUUUCUAUUUUUAUUUGCCAGAAACUGAAAAUAAAACAUUGUUAGAAAUUGAAGAAUUUUUUGUAUUGAAUAAAAAUGGCUAAAUUAAAUUAGUUACUUUUAUUGUAAUUUCGAAGUAUGUGACAACAUUAUUUUUAUUCAAGAGGACACCACACCCACAUGUAUGAUUUUCUUCUUGCCAAACGUUAUAAAAUAUAACAAAUUUGCGUUUAGUAUAAUCAAUUUGUUGCUGUAAGCUUUAAUAAGUGAAUUGAGCUCUUGUUAAAUAGUAAAUACAAAGAUAAGAAAAUAGUUUUUUCGAUAUUUAAAUUUUUAAGUGAGUAUGUAAAAUAUUACAAU